UUCCCCAAAAAAUGGCCAUCUCUUCUGUUCUAUGCUCUGUGGGCUUUGUGCUUUUGCUAUGGAAAGCUUGCUGCCUCUUUUUGAGGGCCAAGCGCUUCCGUUAUAUGGCUUCCCUCUCUCCACAACACAACGCUCUGCUUCUCUACAAGCUCACCAAUUUCGUAGAAUUUGGUUUUCUCUCAGAAAAAGGUCUCGAAUUUGCACUGUUCAAAAGUUUGGCCAUUCCUUCCAUGUCCAAAUUAUUACAUGCCACUAAUUUAUUAUCUCCCACAAAUAUCCCCAAACGCUACGAUGACACGAGAAUUCUCAUGGAGGAAUUUGCUCUCCAUCACGUGGACAGCCGCAGGGGCUCUCGUGCGAUCCAACGGCUUAACUUCAUCCAUGGCCACUACAAAAUCUCCAAUGAUGACUACUUGUAUACUCUCUCUUUAUUCACUCUGGAGCCCAUCAGAUUUUCAAACAAGUACGGUUUCAGAAAGUGGAGUGAAGGAGAGAAGCAAGCGCAGUUUAUGGUGUGGCAUGACAUUGGAGUACGUAUGGGUAUUAAAAACAUUCCAGAGAGUUUAGAGGAAAUGGAUCAGUUUAGCAGGCAAUAUGAAGCCUCGUGUAUGGUGUAUUCCAAGUCGAACAAAGUCGUUGGAGACAACACGGUGGAGCUGUUUUUGUCCAAGGUGCAUGCUUUCCUCCGCCCCUUGGCUAAACGGGCAGUGUAUGCUCUGUGUGAGGAGAGGCUAGUGGACGCAAUGGGUUAUCCACGCCAGCCAUUCUGGUUCGUCUGGAUUGUGGAGAAUAUUGCCAAAUUUUGCUGUGGUACUUUUGUACGCUGGUUUUUACCUCCGAGGCCAAUGAACUGGUCGACCGUGAGGAUUCCAUUGGAGGAAGAUGAAGAGGAGGAAGAGGGAGAUGGAGAUGAAGAUGAAAAGGUGUACAAAUUGAGAUAUCAGUUGUACAAACCAUGGACGUAUCCAAAUGGGUACAAGAUCAGCAAAAUGGGAGCUGCACCAGGUGGCCGUAUGGGCAAGGUAGCUGAGGGGCUUGUGCUAUGUCCAGUUCCUUACACAAAGAAAAUUUACUGAAAGGAGAAGAAGAAAGAGGGAAAAAUAUGGACAGUCGUAUUAUGGGAUUGUAGUUGCUUAUAUAGUCUUUAUGUUAGAAUAAGUAAUAAAUGAAUUGGCUACAUCAUAAAUGUGGAAAUAAAGAAGUUUAGACUUGUCUAGGUUGUUAAGUCCAGUUUGUUGUGUUUAGUCUUAGUUUGUUGGCAAAUUCCUCAAAUGAUUGUUGAGGUCAUUGUAUUUGUUUAUAUAUAUUAUUAU